CGUUGAAAUUUCUUCACAGAGAACCGUCCGAGUCCUUCUACCAAUUUUCAAUUUUUGAUGCACCAAGUACGAGUACUUGGUAUCGUACCGUCGUACGAGUACAAGAACCGCACGACAAAACCUAGCAGUAUGAUCGAUGAUUGGUACAGUUCACAAAUUAGAAAAUACUGUCUAUUUCUUGAAUUGAUACUAAUACGCCAUGAACUUGUUCGUCACUCUUCUCGUCGCUCUCUCUGUAUUGGCAACUGUGCCAUCAACUUCGGCCAACGCGUCCUUCUCUCGUGGAGUUGGAGCUCCUCUUUUCGGGAUUUCUCGAGGCGGAGGUCUAUUCGGAGGAAAGGAUGAUUCCAAGAAUAACGAAGCUAGCGUUGCUGCCUCUGGGGAAAAGGUCAUGUACCCCGCCAUGACUCAGCAAGAAGUCGAGGAUUGGUUGGAACACAUUCCUGUCUUUGCAGUCACGGACUCAAACGGUGCAGGAGUUGUUCUCAAACCCGACGAGGAUUCGAGUGUUUUCUACUUUUUUCUCAAUCCUUUGGCUGCAAAUGCCACGUUGACCCAGUUGAAAAGUGUGAACGAAGACAUGGACUUGAAGGUGUCUGCUUUUUCUCUUGGAAAGAUCUGGUUCAAGCUCUUGCAGAGUGAUGCUGAUCGUGAAGUUUUGGUGAGUUUUUCCUGUCGAAUCAUUUUUCCGAAGCAAUUACCAAGUAUUUCUCUGUCAUGCGUCCUCUCAUACUCUCUCUUCAACACAAAAAUAAAAUACUCACAACGGUGCAACGCAAUUUUUCUCAAAUAUGUUAGCUGAAGAAGCCUGGUGACGAUGAUGACAUGACCCAAGCCACCAAGGGUGUAGAAUACCGCCUCGUGCCAGACACAAAGGAUCUCCUAGGUGCCCGUAUGUUGUUGACGAUGAACCCUGAGGACGGCGAAGCGUUGAAGAAUGGCCAAGAAAUGACACCAGAAAUGGCCCAAAAAGCUGUUGAGAAGGCUAUGAACGAAUCUCCUAAGUUCAAGGAAACCUUCAAUGAGAUCCCUGUCUUCACCAUUGCUCAAAUGAGAAUGCAAAAGCAACCUGCCGAAGGCGAAUCUUCUGCUGAACCUGUUACCCUUCUUCCGAUGUACUUUUCUUUGCAAAACAUGGUUGGAACAUGGCAGCAAUUUAUGGCACAGUCGGCACCAGAAUUGCAAGGAACCGAACCUGCUAUCAAUUUGAUGGCUCUCCACGAUUUGGUCGAGAUGAUGCAGAAAGAAUCCGAAAUUGAUUUCCGAUCUGUUGUGCUGGUCCCUUCCAUUCCCGAAGGCCCAGGCGGUGCGGCACCACAGGGCCCACCUGUCGCAAGUGCGGCAGAUCCUAUGGCUAGCAUGGGUGGUGCUACUCUAGGUGACAUUUAAAAACAGUAAUAGAAAUACUAAGGGAAAAUCAACUCCAUAAUAUCCAUAGAAAAUAUAGCUGAUACAACGAG